AUGAUGAGUAUCUUAAUUAAAUCUCAAACACUUGUGAAAAAUGUCAAAAUAUUGUAUUUGGGUGCCUUAGAUGCUAAUCAUUUUAAACAGAUUAAGGUGAAAGCACUGUAAAAUGCUUCGAUUGUAUUGAUGGAUUGUUCCUUCUUAAAAGUCAUGGUAAUAACAAAGAUUAAAGUCUUUGCACACCAAACUGCAAGAGUACUCAUUAAUCCUACAUCAAUGGAAAAAUUUCUAAGGUGUGGAGACAAUUGCUAAUCUUGCAAUCAAAAUGUUGGCUGUGAGAUCUGCCCUGGAGAGGAAUAACUAAAAGGGUGGACCACAGCAAUUCAUGAAGAAAAUUUAGAUUAUUCUUUGCAGAGCGAAUUUCAAACUUGUCAAGAAUGCAAAACAGGAUUUGAAUGUGGAAAAUGCUCCAAAAAUGAUAUAACUUAAUGCAAGCAGUGUAACUACCCUGUGAAUUAGAAAUCAUUAUUGACUGGAGACACAAUAAAUCCUUGCGCAUCUUAAAGUAGCCUCUGCCUUGAUGCUUUUAGUGAAAAUAAUUGCAAAACUUGUAACUACGGAUAUGACCUAUUUAUUGAUACCACUGGAAAUUAAAAAUGCGUUUAAUGUAACAAUGAUUCUCUUGGGUUGGAGAGUUAAUUUAUUCCAUACCCAAUAAGAUGCAAUUUUACUAUUGAUAGCUAAAUAGAUAUGCCUAAAUAGGAUAAAAUAACGGCUUGUUUAAAUGGCUUUGUUGAUCCUCUAACUAAUAAAUGCACAGAAAAUUGCGGUAUAGGAAGAUAUGGAUACACAGCGUUCAAUGACAGAGGUAUGAUUGAUGCCUCUGUCUGCAAAGAUUGUGAUGAUAAUUGCUUUGAGUGUGCCACUCAAAAAUAAUGCAUUUCUUGCAAAAAGGGUUAUUACCUAUCCACUGAGUCAAAUUAUGUUACAACAGGUAAAUGUCUAAAAAAAUCAGGAACUUCCAAUAUUACAAUAUAUGUUGACAGUGAUUCAGUCAAGAAAUCAACUGAUGAAACAACUGGCUUAAGUCUUAAUGAUCCGUUUUAUUCAAUUCAAAGUGCAAUAACUAAAGCAUAUGAAUAUGGAGCAAGCUACGAGAAUGCAAUUGUAAAUAUAAUUCUUGUACCAGGAAAAUUCCAUUCUAUGCUUCGAUAUGAUGAUGCUGUUAAUUUACCUAGAGCCUAUGAUUAGAAUUCCUAAUCAACUAUAAUCAAAAUUGAUACAAUGGAUGGAACGUAAGUUAAAGUUCUAUACAAGCUCAGAGAUAAGUUUAAUUUCCUAGUUGGUGGAGGGUUAGAAAUUAGAAAUAUAGUGUUUGAUGCUACUGACUCAAUUUUAGAUUCCAGAUUUACCAGCCUUAAUAUUUCACAUUUAAGUUCAAAUGAAUACACUUGCUUGAAAGAUCCAUUAAUCAAUUGUUGCAGUAUUUCAAAGGAUUAAACUAGCGGUAAUUAUGUAACAACUGGACCUGAUUUCUGCUAGCUCUAAUUAUAACCAAAUGAUUAGUGUCAUUUACCAAUUGGUGGUUCACUAAUUUAGUUUGAUAUUAGCAGUUAAACAUCUCUAGGUUCUCCUUAGACUCUUAUUCUUUAGAAUGUUGGUUUUGAAAACUUUGCCUAUGAUUUCAAUACUAUAAUAGAAUUAAAUGACUUUGGAGGCCAUAUUACUCUGAUUAAUACUAGUUUCAUUAAUAUAAAUUCAUGUGGGAGUGUCAUUAGAAACAAAAGAAUCGAUCAAAUUUACAACUCUCUUGAGGAGGGUUUCCUCAGCCAUAAUUUAUUGAAAUCUCUCGAAUUGAUGAGCAGCAAGCUUCCCAGCAAUGGUAUUUUUUCAAAUAUUUGUGGUCCAUCUUCUACCAGUCCAUGUUUUAGUUUAAACAUAUCAGGAGGUACUAUUUAAGAUUUUGGUAGAAUGAAUGCUUUUUCUCAAACACCAUAAUGGGUGAAUCCAUAGUUGAAAAUGAAAAAUAUGGGGCUUUAUUUAGAUUUAGAAAACUUUUAAGGACCAAUCUUCAUUUAAUAAGUUGAAUUUAUUAACAAUCUAGCAGUAAAUCUUGACUAUGAACAGGCAACAAAAAUUCUUCAGAAUUAGAAAUAAGAAAGAGAUUAAUAACAAAAUUAUGGAAUUAAAUCUUCUAUUUAAUUAAGAUCAUUGAUAGCAAUUGUCAAUCAUGGGAACUACAAGAUUGAGAUAAAAAAUAAUGAUUUCAACUAGAAUACUGGCGCGAAAGCAAGAGGUUUAUAACUUGAGGAUGUUUAUUUUCAAACACUUGACAGCAAGCAAGAAUUAUGCCUUGGCUAUGAAAUAAAGAAUAAUAAAUUCAUUAAAAACUUUGGAUUUCAAGGAAUUUCUGGAGGCUCCAUUCAUUUUGAAUGCACGAAUUUUUAAAUGGAAGAAGAUGCAAACGGUCUUAUUUAAUUGGAUUCAAUUAUUCAAGAGGAUGAAAUUAUUUCAAAUAAUCUUUCUCUAGAAAACCUUGAGCUAGAAGACUAUAGUUUGACUUUAGAGGGUAAUACCUAUAUUGACAAUACAGCUUCAAAAUCUAGUGGAAUAUUAAACAUCAUAAAUGUAAAGAAAAUCAAAAUAUAAAAUGAGACAUAUAUCAAUAAUACUGAUGCAUUCUUUUAAAAAUCAACUAUUCUUGCUCGAAAUAUGCUACAAGAAUAUAUGCCCUUGGAUGCAUCUAAAGAAAUUAACAUAGAUGGCAUUGAUAUUGAUUAAAAUCUGGCUGCUUCACUUAUAAGAAUAUAGAGAUCUAGAUAUUUGUCAAUAAAUUCAAUCAACUUUGAUUCUAAUUACUUUAUAGAACCAGAGUCAAGUAUUAAUAGAGCUUAAGCAUUAUUUCUUACUGAGAAAACAUAGCCUUAAGAUAAAAUACCCAAUUAGACAUUUAUUCUUAUUAGAAUAGCAUUGAAAGCUUCUUUGGUAUUCCAAUUAAAUUUAAGCUCGAAUAAUCUCAUACAAUUUUUGACAAUUUUACUGUGGUUAAUCUUUAAUGCAUAGAUUGCAGCAGACCUUUGA